CAGAGCUUCCAGCCCCGGCCCUUUCCGGAGCCCACGGCCCGUCCCGAUUCUCCCCUUCCCAGCCGGGUGGUUGCUCCCGGACGAGGCUGGACCGGGCGGGGCAGGUGCCAGCCGAAGAUGGCGUUUCCCGGCCAGCCGGUACCUGGUGGCGGUUUCUAUCCGGGCGGGUAUGGAGGAGCUCCAGGAGGACCAGCAUUCCCUGGACAAGCCCAGGAUCCUUUGUAUGGUUAUUUUGUUGCAGUAGCAGGGCAGGAUGGACAAAUAGAUGCUGAUGAGCUACAGAGAUGUCUCACCCAGUCAGGGAUUGCAGGAGCAUAUAAACCUUUCAACUUAGAGACUUGCAGACUCAUGAUCUCAAUGCUGGACAGGGAUAUGUCUGGCACACUGGGAUUUAAUGAGUUUAAAGAACUCUGGGCGGUGGUCAAUGGCUGGAAGCAACACUUUGUAAGUUUUGACAACGAUAGCAGUGGAACAGUGGAUCGUCAAGAACUGGAGAAAGCCUUGAUGAAUAUGGGAUUUAGACUGAGCCCACAGGCAGUGACUGCAAUCACAAGGCGAUACAGCACUCGUGGAAAGAUUACAUUUGAUGAUUACAUUGCCUGCUGUGUGAAACUCAGAGCUCUCACUGAAUGUUUUAGAAGAAGGGAUACAUCUCAGCAGGGUUUUGUGAACUUCCAGUAUGAUGAUUUCAUACAGUGUGUUAUGAGCAUCUAAAUCAAAAGGAAGCAAGCCAUGGAUGAUCACAACUAACAUUCCAGUUUGUAUUUUGCUUUGCCAAAUCUUCCAAUGAUUGUGUAUCUCAAUUUUGGAAACUGCAUAUUUUAUGAAGGUAUCGCUUUACACACUUGCAUUUUUUUAGGUUUGACAAUGACUAUAAACACUCAUGUACUGUUGUCUUUAACUUCGAACCUGUGACUAUUAAAGAUGGUUUUUAUUUUCAUAAACUUGCAAUUCACUAUGUAUAGCUCAAAUUAUGCAGGGAGUCAGUUUUUCUGUAGUGUUUUUACCUUUUUCCUUGAUUCACCCAAACCAGUUCCUGGGGUGCAAAUUACCUUUUUCUCUCUUAAAUAGUACCAUGUGUAUGAUGUAAGAUAGUAUAUAUUCUUUUGCCUUGGACAGCAUAAGACACACGUACAACCUGAAAGAGCUUUUGGAGUGCUCAUUUUAGGCUGCUCUGAUGGAACACCAGUAAGUUUAAGUUGAUUGUCUCAAGAUGAAGUCUGUGAUGCCAUGCGCUGAGUGUAAGAAUACCGGUUAGAACUUCAGGGAUGUGACAAAAUAUAACAGAGCGCUCUUCUAGCAGCGUGCUCUUGUAUAGGGGCUUUUGUUCCACUAAUUCUUGCUGUGUUUGUGUCACUAUAUAAAACACUUUUAAACAUACAAAAA